AUGAAUCGAUCGUCUGAUCUGCAAGAGCAAAUACAAAUGCCAACAGAGGCUCUUAACGAGGUUGUACAAGCCACUCCUGAUCAAAACGAUAAUGGUACGGGACCGAUUGAACCAAAAUCGCUGGACCAGAUGUUAGAAAGUCCGGAAAUCAAAAAGGUUAUGGAUUCUGAUGUGGCUAUAAACGCGCUGCUGUCUAGGUUGAAACAAUCGCUACUGACUUGCGAGGAGUUUACCAAGUUUAUUCGUAAGAAGCAUGUCUACGAAGAGGAGCAUGUGGAGGAACUGGCCAAGCAGUUCAAGCAUUUUUUUGUGGAUACGUCUGGAGGGUCUUCGUUGAAGAAGAAGAUUCACGAAGUUUUGGAGUUUGAUGGGAAGCUCGCUCACGUCAAGCGCAGUUAUGUCUUAGCAUUGGGGAAGAUGUAUGAAGAAAUGAGCGCUUUAUUAUUUACUAUGACAAAAAUGAGAAAAUCUGUAAAGGAAAAUAGUAGGCGACUCGAGAAAGAGGUCUCGGAUGCGAUUCAUAGUGCUGAAAAGGCCCAAAGUCGUUACAACUCACUAUGCCAAGAUUGGGACAAGCUAAGGAUGGCAGACCCGACAAAGACGAAACUUACACUUAGAGGCUCCAAGACGACAAAGGAGCAAGAGGAGGAUCUUCUGAGGAAGAUCGAUAAUGCAGACAUGGAGUACAAACAGAAAGUCGAUCAUUCUGAUUCCCUGAGAAACGUUUUCAUCACAAAGGAAAGACCAAAGAUCGUUUCCGAGCUGAAGGAUUUGAUUCUUGAGAUUGACACUGCUAUGUCGAUCCAGUUACAGAAAUACACGAUCUGGACGGAGAAUUUGAUUCUCAACAGCGGCGUGACAGUGACUCCUUUCGAAGCUUCGAAAUCGAUGAAAGCCGUUGCAUCAUCUGUGACCAACGAAGUCGAUUUGUACAAUUUUCUCAAACGAUAUAACAGUUCUGGAAAGAAUGGACUGUCGGUGAAUAGGAAUUUGAUUCCUGUGAAGUACAAGAAGCAUCCCUCCAUGAGUAAGGGCGUUAAUGACAGCAAGAAGGUCACACGUAGUGGCCCCACUUUUGCUGUCAACCCUGCCAAGAAUUCGAUUCCAAAGAGAAUUAUAUCCACACAUAACGAUUCGCCUUUCACUCCUUCGUCGUCAAUUGUCCCUGUUGGCACUGCUUCAACCCCAUCCGCUUUCAAAGCCUCAAACACUAAUUUCAGAGGAUCUUUUGAUUCAUCCACGCAAAGGUCUAAUAUUGAUUCACAACCGCAUAUCGCUAACGAACAGCACGUAUCCGCACCAAACACUGACACGACUAAUGGCUCCCGGAUCAAAACCUUGGACCCAGGGAAUAGGCUUCCUAGUCUGUCCACCACAGUUUCCAUGGCCACAGCCGAAUCUGACAGGCCUCUAUCGCAUAUACAAACAAGCAACACCAUGCCGCCCGGUACUCAGAAUAACUUCAAAACAUUUGGUGUUCCGCUGGAAGGUUUGGUCGAGUUUGAGCAAGACAUGGUGCCUGCAAUAGUGCGACAAUGCAUUUAUGUUGUUGACAAGUAUGGUCUGGAUCUGGAAGGCAUAUACAGAAAGUCUGCUAAUGUUCUUGAUGUUAGCAAACUGAAAGAAGACAUCGACAGAGAUCCUUCGAAUGUUGCCAUGAUUUCGCCACCUAAAAACUACAGCGAGACCGAUAUAUACCUAGUGGGAUCUCUUCUCAAAGCCUUUUUUGCGGCCCUGCCCAGUUCGCUACUGCCAGUGGAAAUCGUUCCCGAUAUCAAGACCUGCUUAGCAAUCUCAGAUGAGAAGACAAGGAAGAAUUACAUGCAUGGGCUGAUCUAUAAACUACCUGAUGCACAAUACUGGACAUUAAGAGCUUUGCUUUUCCAUUUGAAGCGCGUGGCAGAGCAUGAGCCCAAAAAUAGGAUGAAUUUGAAGGCCCUGAAUAUCAUUUGGGGACCUACUAUCAUACCGCCUGAUAAUGAUGAGCCGAAUAAUGUCAAUUUCCAGAUAGGUGCAAUGGAGGUUCUUCUUGAUGUUGCAGACCAAGCGUUUGAAGCCGAUUAG